AUGACGUCUCCCAAAUCCAGCACCGCACCCCAUCCGGCGCCCGUCAAACUGUCGCGCACCAAGAGCAAGAAGAAGCACUUCGUUCAGCAGAAGGUGGAGGUGUUCAGGGCCAGCGACCCCAUCAUGAGUGUCUUCAUGUGGGGCAUCAACCACACGGUGAGUGAUAUGGUUCUUCUUCCUGCCCCGGUGAUGCUGCUACCUGACGACUUCAAAGCCAACAGCAAGAUCAAAGUCAACUAUCAUCUGUUCAACAAAGAGAAUCUUCCAGGACACUUUAAGUUUAAGGAGUACUGUCCUCAGGUGUUCCGAAACCUCCGGGAACGCUUCGGCAUCGAGGAUCAGGACUAUCAGGUGUCCCUGGUGCGCAUGUCCCCCGUCCGCGAGGGAGACGGUCAGGACGAGCGACUCCUGCUGACCUCAUACGACCGGACGCUCAUCAUCAAACAGAUCUCCAGCGAGGAGGUGGAGGACAUGCACAACAUCCUGUCCGAAUAUCACCAGUACAUCGUGAAGUGUCACGGCACCACGCUGCUCCCUCAGUUCCUCGGCAUGUACCGCAUCACCGUCAACAACGAGGACGCCUACUUCCUCAUCAUGAGGAACAUGUUCAGCCACAGACUCACCGUCCACAGGAAGUACGACCUCAAGGGUUCUCUGGUGUCUCGGGAAGCCAGCGAGAAAGAAAAGGAGAAAGAUCUGCCCACCUUUAAGGACGUGGACUUCAGGAACAACAUGCAGAAGGUUCACAUCAGUGAUGAGGAGAAGCAGAAGCUGAUGGAGAAGCUCCACAGAGACGUUGACUUUCUGGUCCAGCUGAAGAUCAUGGAUUACUCUCUGUUGUUGGGGAUCCAUGACAUUGAGCGGGCGGAGCUUGAGGAGGAAGAGGAGGAUGAAGAAUCGCCGUGUGAGGAGGAGGAGGAGCAGGAGAACGGCGUCACCGUGUUAGCGCCGGCGUCCCUCAGUACGUCGCCUGAAGGCAUCGCCGCCUCCCUCGCCGGCCGUAAACCCUUCGGGCCCGGAGAGCUGGACCCCCGAGUGGACGUCUACGCCGUUCAGAGCGCAGCGGGUUCUCCACAGCAUGAAAUUUACUUCAUGGGUUUAAUAAAUAUUCUGACUCAUUACGACACCAAGAAAAAAGCAGCUCACGCCGCCAAAACCGUCAAACACGGCUCGGGUGCAGAGAUUUCCACGGUUCAUCCUGAUCAGUACGGCAAGAGAUUCCUGGAAUUCAUCACCAACAUCUUCACCUGAAGACUUACGACUUUUAUUUCUAUUUUAUAUAUUUAUAUAUGUUUUUUGAUCAGUU